UGACUCUCUCAGUCAGUCAGUCAGCCUGAGGAGAAGGAGGAGGAGGAGAGUGGAAGAAGCGAAUCAGCAGGAGCAGCAGCGGGGGGAUCUGGCUAAGCUAAGCCCGGCGAUGUAGCUCUCAGCUGGGAUGGCAAGCCGUCAGUUUUCCGCAUAGUUUAGAGUGUGUAGUGGGGUCGAAACAUACCGCAGAAAAAUAUGACGCUCGUUUGUUUAGUGAAACCGGCAGCGUUUGUGGAUUUGGAGGCGACCCGUGCGGAGGAAAGUUUGUGUUUUCGGCAGCGCUGGUAGCUAAAACACGAAGCCGACGGAUUCCUGGAUGAUCGGGUUAGCGGUGGAUAAUAUGACUACCAGCCUAACGGUGGAGGAGGCUGCUGUAAAAAGUAGCUAGCUGGCUAACGUUAGCUGUAGCAACAUGGACGUGUCCGUACUCACAAGACGGUGAGAGUUUUUGGCUGAACUAGUUAGCUUGAACGCCAGCUAGCAGACCGAGCGGGCUGACAAAACUCGGUCAGAAGUGAGUAGAGAUUAAAGCAGAAGUCUAUUAAAAACCUGGACGGAUAUUGUUUUUAUUCUGAUCGACGAGGGACCGUAAAAACUCGACAGAGGAAUGGCUGGUAGCACUCCAGUUUCAGCUCAUCCACACAGGCCUGAAUGAGUGAAGCUGUGAGCUACUUCGUGAAUUCUCUCUGGAGCGGAAUGAUUUAGCAGAGUGGCACCAGCAGUGCAUGCCAAUAAGAGGAGGAGGAGGAGGAAGAAGGGGAAGAGGAUGGGUGUUAAUGCCUCCAGCUAUCCUCACUCGUGCUCCCCUCGCUUCGGGGGACAUUCACAGACCCAGCAGACCUUUAUAGGGACAUCCUAUGCACCCUCGCAGGGUUAUGGCGGUGAGUCCAAGCUUUACAGUUUGGAGCAUGGCGUUGAGAAACCUCAGGACAAAAAGAAGAAGAGCUCCAGCCUGGCAACCCUCAAGAGGAGAUUUAUCAAACGUCGCAAGUCCAGCCGCUCAGCUGAUCAUGCUCGGCAAAUGCGUGAGCUGCUGUCCGGGUGGGACGUGCGCGAUGUGAAUGCUCUGGUGGAGGAGUAUGAAGGCACAGCGGCUCUAAAGGAGCUCAGCGCGCAGGCGGGCCACGCCCGGCCUGAGGCCAGAACGUUGCACCAGGACCUGGCCGCCCUGUACCAGCACAAAUAUUGCACAGAUGUGGACUUGAUCUUCCAGGAUGCGUGCUUCCCUUCCCAUCGUGCCAUCUUGGCGGCGCGCUGUCCGUUCUUCAAGACGCUCCUGUCCUCGUCGCCGGGCUACGGCGCGGAGGUGCUGCUGGACGUCGGCACGGCGGGGAUGGACGCGGCGAUGUUCUCCUCGCUGCUGCAUUACCUGUACACUGGGGAGCUGGGCGCGGAGGACUCGCGUCUGCAGAACGUAGACGUCCUCAUGCGGCUAAGCGAGGAAUUCGGGACGCCGAACUCUUUGGAGGUGGACAUGCGCAACCUGUGCGAGCACAUGUGUUACUAUGACUCCCUGCUUAGCUUCUCCUCCGAAUCGGAGCUGGUGGAGCCUUUUGGAGCCAGCGGACCUUCUCCCGGCAGCAGCAGCACAACCCACAGCGUUCCAGAAGAGGAGCUGAGGGCGCACAAGGCCGUGCUCUCGGCCCGCUCGCCCUUCUUCCGCAAUUUGCUGCAGCGGCGCAUCCGUACCGGAGAGGAGAUCACGGAGCGCACGCUCCAGACACCCACCCGUAUCAUUCUGGAUGAGUCCAUCAUCCCCAAGAAGUACGCCUGCGUCAUCCUGCACUGCAUGUACACGGACGUGGUGGACUUGUCUUUAGUUCUGCGCGGGAGUCCGUCAGCAGGGAGUCUGGGGGAGGUGCAGGCUUUGGUGGCUGGGAGAGGAAGCAUGAGCAGAGCAGAAGAGGCCAUGGAGCUCUACCACAUCGCUCUAUUUUUGGAGUUCAGCAUGCUGGCUCAGGGUUGUGAGGACAUUGUGGUUGAGAGCAUCUCACAGGACUCUGUGGUGGCCAUCCUGAAGUGGAGCUCGCAGCCCUAUGGCUCGAAAUGGGUCUAUCGGCAGGCAAUGCACUUCCUUUGUGAAGAGUUCGGCCAGAUCAUGACAACCGACGUCCUGUACGACCUGAGCAAAGAGCACCUGCUCACCGCUAUCCAGUCUGAUUAUCUACAGGCCAGUGAGCAGGACAUCCUAAAGUACGUUGUUAAAUGGGGGGAACACCAGCUCAUCAAGAGAAUGGCUGAUCGGGAGCCCAACCUGCUGAGUGGGACGGCGCACAGCGUUAAUAAGCGCGGUGUAAAAAGGCGGGAUCUGGACCUGGAGGAGCUGAAGGAGAUUCUUUCUCCUGUGCUGCCCUGUGUUCGCACUGAGCACAUUCUCCCCGCCAACAGCGAGGUUCUCUCCGACACUCUGAAGCGUGGUCUCAUCAGCACACCUCCAUCAGACAUGCUGCCUACAGCUGAGGGAGGCAAGGCCAACGCCUGGCUCAGGCAGAAGAGUGCCGGAAUCUAUGUGCGCCCUCGCCUCUUCUCGCCUUAUGUGGAGGAGGCCAAGGCGGUUCUGGAUGAAAUGAUGGUGGAGCAGACGGAUCUGGUGAGGCUUCGCAUGGUGCGCAUGUCCAAUGUGCCCGAUACACUCUACAUGGUCAACAAUGCAGUGCCGCAGUGCUGUCACAUGAUCAAUCACCAGCACCUGGCUAGCAGCCAAACAGCCCCGCCCUCAGUGGUGGCCAAUGAGAUACCAGUUCCCAGGCUGGCAGUGGUGAAGGAAAUGAUUCGUCGGUUGCAGGAGUUGCGACACACAGACCAGGUUCAGCGAGCGUACGCACUAAACUGCGGCGAGGGCGCCACAGUUAGUUACGAGUUGCAGAUCCGUGUGCUCAGGGAGUUUGGCCUGCCUGAUGGAGCUGCAGAACUGCUCCAGAACCCGCACAAAUUCUUCCCUGAGGAGCGUUUUGGAGACGAGAGCCCUAUCCUGGCCGUGCGCCAGUCAGGUCGCUGUCGGGUCAACAGCACACCGGCAGUGGAGAGCAUGUUCACAGACCUGCAGGCUCUAGUGGGCUUCCACCCACCCCUCCCACCACCUCCACCUCCAUAUCACCCCCCCAACACACCGGGCCACGGCCAGCAGCAGCAACAGCUCAGGACCGGCUGGAGGCCUCGCAUUCCCAGCCAACCGCCCUCCCGCUCUUUCUCCUACCCAUGCAACCACUCACUACUCCACAGACAGCCUUCCUCCAAAAUGGGGAGCCCCAUUUACCCACCUGGAGCCAAGGCCCUGCCUCCAGACUGCACCAAUCCACAGGGGAGGAGCCUCAACCAGGAUAAACAGGGGAACAUGGAGCCAGUCAUUAACGAGUUCAUGCCAGACAUUGCCAUUGGAGUGUCGGCCAUGAGUCUGAAGGAUCGGCGCCUCCCAGAAGUCACCAUGGAGGUAGACUCUCACGACCAGCACCCUCACAUCAAUACAGCUCCACAAAUGGCUCACUGCUAUCCCAGCCGGCACCCUCACUCCUCCCGCAAGCGGCAUGCAGCCGAGCCCAAGCCUGACGGUCCUCAACCCGACUUCCCUGACCUGUACGAGUUCUCAGGUCGACAUGCACCAUCUUACAGCGGACCAGACCUUUACGUCCACAGCCGGCCAGCAGGUGUAGGACCUCCUCCUCCGGCAUAUGCUAACGAGCCCCCUGAGGGCUUGCGCCUGGAUGUGCUGGAGCAACCACCACAGCGGCUGGACCUGGCCCUUGUCUCUCAGGGGUCCGGAGCUCAGGCCGCUCAGAGACCGCAGCCCAAAGGAGAAACGGACCUUACCUGCGGCCUCGGCUCGUCCUCAGAGCCGUACGACGAGUGGCCCCCAGGCCGACGGCCAAACACCGACGGAGCGGGACCGAGUAUGGUCAGUGGAGGGACAGGGGAAGAGGGAGGAGUUGGGGGUCGGGAUCGCAGGUCACCUAACAAGCAAGAAUACCUGUAUAGGAAGUCUGCAUUAUGACCCCUGACAAGGACUAUGGACUGAACAAUGACUACAUGCCCUCUCUGUACCCAAUGUGCUCACUGAAGGAGUAACAACUCUAAAGCUAUGUGUGUUAAUGAGGGCUCUUAAAGCCAGAGUGACUUUCUUUCAAACUCGGACUCAAGGCACAAACCACAGACGCCAGUUCACACAUGAAUGUAAAGCCUUAUUUAAGAGCUUGGUUUGGUUGGGUGCAACAAAAGAAGAGGGAAAAAUAAUACACACGAAAUCUCUCAAUGCUGCAGAUCUUUUCCUCAAGCAGUGCACCUUCUAAACCCUUAAACCUUCACAGAGUUCACUUGUUCCUCCUGUAGCCCUGCCUGUACAGAAGGUGCAACUGACAAUCAUGACAGAAAUGAACCCCAAGCUGCAUAACCAUCACUGUGCAUUUCCAUAACUCUAAUGUCUUUGCCUUUGAGAGAACACGCAGGUAGAAUAAGGGGAGGGUUAUAUAUUUAUAUAGACAAGUGCAUUUUACUUUUCUUAAGGAAAAAAAUUGAAAAAUGUCCCGGCAAGAAGCUGCACUCUCAAAGGCUUUCGCCUCAUCCAUGGCAAAUACUUUCCUCUUUUUUUUUCUGAGAGGGGGAUGUGGGGGUGACGAUAAUAGCUUCUGUAAUCCGCCACAAUAAAGCUUGUACAUUAGCCUGUGCAGUUUAAGAACUGGGCUGGAAAGACGAAAACGAAUCAAAUCCCCCGUCUCCUAUAAGGCUGUGCAACAGGCAUAACAAUUGCAAUGCAGCUCCAUUACGUGAUCAGUUCACUUUUUGUUUGGCAUGUUCCUCAAGGUUAAAUGAUGUGCUCACUGUUUAAAAGUAAUAUAUUUCUGCCAUGUCCUCAGCUUUCACUCUUCUUCUCCACGUCCAUUUUCUUCAAAGUCAGUUUUACUGUUAGUUUACUGUAAAAUUGCAAGGCAUUUUUUUCUUUUAGAAAGCAGAUUGGAAUGGGUGGCACUGGAAGUCAGUGCAGUAUUACAGCAGUAGUGACUUAAUCUCUCUUCUGUUUCAUGGACUCUCUAGAAAGAUCUCAACCAAACCAACCUUAGAACCUCAGCAUCUUCCCACUGUAGUAGUAUAGGAGAUGAACUCGUGUCAGGAUCUAAUGAUUUACAGUUAUGAUGUCAAGGACAUGUCCUGCAAAAAAUGGGGGAUGCAGAGAGAAUUUGCCUUUUUUGGAGAAAAGCUAUGGCCUAAGAAGCAUCGCAUCACAUUAUACUGUAUUUUAUAUUUGUAAAACACCAUCAAACAAUUAAUUUUUGUAGGUUUUUCAAGUGCACACCAACAAAAAAAAGUAGUCUCUUAAGUGCUGCAUCAAUUACUGCUCUCACACACCCCUGCUGUUUGAACUUUACCUCUGUUUCUCUCUUCCUGCAUCUUUUUUCUGUGUGUUUCCUUGUUGACACAUUUUAAAUAUGCAGCGUCGCUUUUCAGCGGGAAAACUCCUUAUCUCCUGAUUUGAUGGUACUGUAUUUUUUAUGAAACACAAGUGCAACACCAACAAAAUGCCUCAGAAUCAUGAAUCUGAUGCAGGGGGCAAAUUUUUAUCACACACAGUCGCCUGGCACAGUGGAUUGUUGUGUGCAGUGUUGACUUCAGUUCAGUUUCAUGAUUUUGGACUGUAUUUGGAGCGUUUCGGGCUUCUUCGUUUGCUACAGAUUGCUCAGUCUCACUUACCACAUUUACACCUGGCUGUUUGAUGUGGCAAAACUCUAAUCUACUCAAAAUACAAUCCAGAUACUAGUGUAAAACAGAAUAUGCAGAUUCGCUCAUUGUGCAUGUCCUGGUUGUACUGGAUGGGGUUUCUGUUGUUGGAAGUGGCUUAGAGAAACGUGUGAAGUCAGUAGGUGUUAAUGGGGUCUUUGGCUCUUAAGGAAUGGUUUUAGCCUGUUUAAUUAGCUAAUGAUUUGAUAAAUUGAUGAGAGUGACACAUUUAUAUACGUAGGGCCAGUGAGGUAAAUUUUUUAUUAUUAUUAUUUUUUUAUUUUUAUUUUUGUUUGGUUUGGUUUGGUUUGUUGUAAUGUAAACCUAGAAUCUCUCUACCUCUAUCACUUAAGGCCUAUCUGGACGGGAUUAGUUUCUCAGGGGGACGUCUGUGAAAAAUACUCUGUGAUGAAACUCUUGCAUCCGGACUGUAAUUAAAAAAAACAGGAGGACCAGUGAGUUUUUCGUCUUUCUCUGUUACAUAAUAUCAGGUUUUGCACACGGAGCAUGAUGACUGUUCACAACCACAAAGUGCGUCUGUGAGCUGUGUUCAUUUCCACUCAUUGUUGUGUUUCCGUAGAUCUCUGUUAAAGUGUAAUUACAGUGUGUGGCAGUGAACAAAUAGCUGUUUUAUUAAACAUGAGGUGACGAAACUCAGAUGUGAGUCCGGACAGGACUAAAAUUACCGGAGGACCACAGAGUUAAGUGAAAAUUAGUAGAUAAAGUUAAUUCAGCCGGUCAUUUUCUCAGAGGACGUCUGAGAGAAAUACAUACAUUGUCAUUCCGGAAGGAAAUGAAAUCACAGGACCCCAGGACCCCCUGAAAAACGAAUCCCGUCCAGAUAGGACUUUAGUCCCCUUAUGGUGUGAUUUGGUGGCUUCUCCCAGCAGUAGGACCGUAUAGACCAGUUUGUUUUUCUUUAAAAUAGUGGUGGAAUUGUCUCAGCUUCUGUCAUGCAUGCUGAAAGGUACAAAAUCUUCUCUUAAAGAUGGAGAACUUAAAUGAAGGCGGAUAUUGUUUUGUACUCAACAUAAUCUUGGUUUGGGCAAACAAAGGAGAAGCCUGUUGUCCUUUUUAAUUCUUCUCUUAUCCUUAUGGAUUUUGGAUUUUUGGAGCUUUUGAGGAGUGCUAUGCUCAUCACAGACCUUCCAUUAACACUGCUGCUCUCCUUAGCAGUGUUAAGCCCUCAGCUGCUAGUGCCUCCUGGCCCUGCCAAGCCUGCCUUCAUGCCUCUGGGGGGAUUAGAGUGAUGAUGCCCGUGUUGUAAGGCUCCAGGGUUGAGACACUGCAGAGGAUCAUCGCAAAUGUAGCUACUGGAUUGGCCCCAUAGCCUAUGCAUAGUUAAUAAAAAUAGUUGUUAGUUCAGCCACAAGCUUUUAAAAAUGUGCACAGUGCUGCUUCCUCCUUAAUUUGUUCCAUAUUAUAAAAAUACCAACUGACAGAACUGCAUAUAACAGUUCAGUUACCUUCUGAGGGGUGUUUGCAUAGAAACAGACAAACAGUGUUUUUGAUGUCAUAUGUUAGCCAUCUAAACGAUUUGGAGCUAAUCAAUACCAAUGGUGCAAGGUGGUGGUCUUAAAUCCUGGUACUGGCAUUUUAUUUGAUUAGUUGGGGGCAGGCCAUACAUUUGCAUGGCAAGGGGGCAACAGGACCAAGAUUAAAGAAACCUGGUGGAACAGUACACUAAAGUCAUGGUUCAGUUCGCACCAUGUUUUGGAUUGCACGGUUCAAUACAAGCACGGUUCAGCAGGGGGAAAGAAACAUAAAGCCAACAAGGCUUUAUUUAAUUUGAACAGGUAGUUGUGAAAGUUAGUGCUGUAUAGCACCUUUUUGAGGUGAAAAUAAUGCAGUAAGAAAGUAAAGAGUAAAAAAUGAUGGAAAAGAUGCAGUGCUUUUAAACCUUAAAUUAUUCAAGUUCAUAAUUAUUUGGAAACAAUAAUGGUUUAAAUGUUUGGUGGAUCGCGGCUUUCAUGCAUCUUUACGUGCUCUCCACCAGUCUUACACACUGCUUUUGGGUGACCUUAUUCCACUCCUGGUGUAAAAAUUCAAGCAGUUCAGCUUGGUUUGAUGGCUUGUAAUCAUCCAUCUUCCACUUGAUUAUAUUCCAGAGGUUUUUAAUGGGGUUCAGGUUUAGUUGGUGUAAAAGUACUGCAUUUUCUUUAUUUUGACCCUUUCUCUUAUUAUGGAAAAAAAUGUUCUAAAUGACAAUAUUUUUAAUUGAAAUUUGGGAGAAAUGUUGUUAGUAGUUUCUAGAACAAAAACUUUCAUUUUACUCAAACAUCUACAAUUAAAUAGAAACUGAUACUGAUCCAUCAUCAUAUAAUGAUUUGAAAUAAUGUUAAAAUCAGAAUAUCUGUAAAUUAAUUGCUUAUUUUCAGUGGGACACAAACGCCUGAAAAGUGUCACGACACAUUUCAACAGUUAUUGGCACACUCCAGCUUGUUUGGAGUCUAUUCUUUUUCACCUAUGCACACUCCUUACACACACUAUGAUUAGUACCUGCUUCAGUAAGUUUUUUCGGGUGGCGCACAUGCUUGUUAAAUUACUGUAUUUUUAAUAGUGUUUAUGGUUAUAUAUUUUCAAAGCGACUACAUACAGCGAACCGUGACCCCAUACUGUGAUUGUUCAGUAUACACACACCAUUACACCCCUAUUCAUUACAGUUCAGGCCAGUUUGCAGCUUUUGCAGGUUCACAUAGCAAUGUUUGACAAAUGUGCUGCUAACGUUAAAGGGCUUGUUAAACCCUUUUUGCAAAGACCACUUUCCCUUUUUUUUUUUUUUUUUUGGGUGUGUCAGCUUGUUACCUGCAUUGUUCCCCUCUUUUGUAAGCCAUUGACUGGUUUAACGUCUGUAUGCUUUUUUUUUGGAAACACAGAGGAACGCCAAAUGCAUUAGUGAUGUAAAUGCACUCUUACAUUCACUUCCUGUUAAUGCGUAUUUGAAUAUAUUAGUACAAUGGGACAUUUCCCAUUAACCUCAGUAAUCACUUUUCACACACCGCGUUGUUCAGACUUGAAACUGAAGUGGAAGUCGUCGGUCACACAUUUGUAAACUUUCUAAUAUGGUGAAGCAGUAUGCCAUUUUUGAUUAUAGUGACACAAGCGUGAUAGUGCUUUACAUGCAGUUCAUAAUCCCAUUAUACACAGAUUUCUGCACUUAUUUAUUCAAGCAUUCAUUCCAGCAGCAUUCAAAAGAAGGUCUAAAAAUGUAAUAAAAUAUCUAUCUAUUUGUAAGUCUGCAUGAAAAAAUGUGGAACCUAUAAAUAAGCAAGCAGCAUUUCUCACAGCACCCACAAGAUGGCCACGUGUUAGUGUGUAAAAAAAACGGUGUUAAGUUUACGGAUUUACAGUCCGUAAAAUUAAAUCGUGUCCUAUUCUGUGGGGGUUUUGGCUGGCUGCAAAGGAAAAAUCUGAUUAUUGCCAGACUUAAGUAAUCUCAUUUUCCCAUUAUCUGAUCACCCAAUUUCAUGUAAACGCAUUAAUCGUUCUGCAGUAAUCGGAUUUUAAUAUGCAUGUAAACGCACUCAUCGAGUAGAUACGCUGUGUCCAAAGGUUGUAGACAAUUUUCCUACAAAACAAAGAGUAUUGCGUCUAUAAAAGUCUCUACUUUUCUUGAUCUCUAAUUUUUUUUUUUUUUUUUGGAAGAUGGAAAAUUGCCAUGAGGCAUUGAUUGCAUUCAGCCUCAGGUCAGGUUCUAAAGUUGAGUGUGUGUGUGUGUGUAGGUGUGUGUGUGUGUGUGUGUAGGUGUGUGUGUGGGGCAGGGGGUGUUUCUUAAAAUAAAGCACUACAUUUUAGGUUCUACUAUGAAUUUGAAAUGACUAUGAUUUUUUUUUUUUUUUCAUUUUCCCCAGUUAAUGUGUGUGUUAUUUUUGUUGAUUAGCAAAAUGUAUCUGAAAUUUAAACCAGCCCACUGCAACCUCUCUGCAAAUCUGCAUAUGGAUAAUUUGGCAUCUUCGUCCAAAAAAAAACCAAAAAAAAAAAACGCUAGAAUAAAUGAAAGAAUAUAGAGGUAAAAGGUACCUGUUGCACUACACUCUAAAGUAGUUUCAUUUUUUAAUGACGUGUCUUGUGUUUGCUGUGUUUUUUCUGUGCUAGUUUCUCCUCUCCUCUUUUCACGCAAGCUGUCUUUCCAAGGAGACACGAUGCACAUCCCCUCAUUCCAAAUUCCAGCCCUUGAAGUAUUAUUUUUGCAUGGCAUUGAGCUAUUUCGCUUCCGGCUGCUGCAUGGCUGGGUUAAAGGAACGUUUGUCUACAGAGUGUGAGACGUGAAGAAAGUUGUAUUUGUAGACUGUUGUUUUAUUCCUGAUCUCAAUAUUCCUGCUUUUGCUUUCUCUCUGACUAAGACAAUUGAGUGCCUUCCCUGCCAGAGGCUGGGCUUUCCCCAAACCCCUUAUGUCUUAUGCAAGCCAUUUUUACAAGCCUAUGUCAACCAGUCUCUUUGUAAUACAGUAGCCAAUGCUUAUGUACAGUGUUCUGUUUUUUGUUUAUUCAAAAGGAUAUUUUUCAAGAUUUUUUGGUACCUUUGAUCAGAAGCCUCGGAAAUGUUGUGUUCAAUGUAUGUAAAGUGUAAAGAUUUUUAUAUAUAUGUAUUAAAAAAAAAUAUAUAUAUAUAUAUAUAUAAACACAUGCAACAUAUAUUUGGUGUACAUAUACCAGGAUUAAAAAAUAAGCUUUCUUUUAGAUUCUUGUAUGGAGUUGUGAGAAGUGUCUAUUUUUCUACUCUUCUCUGUUGGGGGUGUAACAGUGAGCAUAAAUCUGCAAUUAGAUGACUAACGUCUUAAAAAUAAACAGCUUUGAUAGUAA